AUGAUGAAGAACGCCUACACCCCAGUCGUUCAGCGCUUGCUGAAACUGUACCGUGAUCCCGUGCCGCCCGUGCCGCACGUGCCACGAAGUUUGCUCCGCUUUUGCUCCGCUUGUGCUCCGCUUUGCGAGUCUCCGAGGUGCGAAAAGAUGGACCUGUUGCAUCCCUCCAUAGAUCUCACCUUGGAACCCAAAGCUCCACGCUCCCGAGAGCUCUUGGAACAUCGCUUCACAGAGCGGGAGCUUUUCAAGCGAAUCCUCUCCAGCAAUGCUGCAGAUGCCAAAGCCGUGUGGUUGAGUGGAUGGAUGACCACCGGUCAGUUAACAAGACGUGACACCCUCAGCAAGCUGGUCCUGUAUCCGAACGGGCGGGCCAUUCAGAUUUCACUUCCAAGUACACCAAAAGGUCCCUUGGGACAUGUUGGACAUUCGAAGCGAGACAUGACCUGCGCUAGCAACCUGAAUUUGUUUGAUCUGGUGCCAUCUCAGAUUCCGCAUGUCAUUGCCAAGCAUAACAUGAGGUUUAGCACGAAGGUGCAAGCUGUCGUGGGGACUUCUCAGAAGUUGCCGGAGGCUGGGUGA